UUCAUGCAAGAGGUGAAAGACCACAUUUAAUACCUCGUUGCCUGCCACAGCUGUACAAUAUCCAGUCGAAUUGGAUCACUGCUGAUAUAUAUUUGAUGCCAUUUACUGUGAGCAUUCAAGAUUUCAUAUAUAUAUAAAGUUGAACAGUUCCCAGUCUCCUGUCACGGUUCUUAGCUGAAGCCCGUAUUGGAUGAGCACUCACCUACAUACAUUCAAAAUACAGUCCACAACAAUAUAAAAGAGUCAAAGCUGCAAAAUGGCAGAAUCUUCUGAUGACCAAAGUCCUUUUACCUGUCCAAUCUGUCUUCAUCUUCUGAAGAGCCCAGUAACUACAGCUUGUGGCCACAGUUUCUGUAUGGACUGUCUCAAUGAGUGCUGGGAUCGGGACGAUCAGAAGGGCGUUUACAGCUGCCCCCAGUGCAGGCAGACGUUCAGCCCAAGACCAGCUCUCAGCAGAAGCACUGUGCUGGCAGAAGUUGUCGAGAGAAUGAAGAGAGAAGCGCCAGAAACAGAAACGGCCUCUACUGUACCAUCUUUUGCUGUGUCUGGGGAUGUGGUGUGUGAUGUCUGCACGAAGACCAAAACAAAAGCCAUCAAGUCCUGUCUGACAUGUUUGGCGUCUUACUGUGAAUCUCACAUCAAAGCUCAUAAAUCUCCUGCGUUAAAGUGGCACAACCUGGUCAAUAUCUCGCCACAUUUAAUGGACCAGAUCUGCUCUCAACAUCAUAAACCUCUGGAGCUGUACUGUUGCCAACAUCAGCAGUUGAUAUGUGUGCAAUGUGCUUUGAUCACCCAUCAGAACCACAAAAUGACUUCACCUGCUUCAAAAAGAGGACAAAUACAGGAACAGAUGGGGUCAAAUCAGAAUGUCCUAGAAAAAGAAAUGCAGACGCGAGCGCAGAAGGUGCAGGAGUUAAGAAAAGCUGUGGCCUGUUUUAAGCACUCUUCACAGACAGCAGUGGAACAUAGCGAGAAGGUGUUUACUGAGCUGAUCCGCUCCAUGGAGAAAAGACGAGCUGAGAUAACAGAGGUGAUCAGAGCUCAGGAGAAAGCGGAAGUAAGCAAUGUUGAAGAGCUCAUACGAACACUGGAGCAUGAGAUCAGUGAUCUGAGGAAGAGACAUGAUGAACUGGGGCAGCUUUCACAGAUAAAGGAUGACAUCUAUGUCAUUCAGAAUUUCUCUGCUCUUUCCCUCAACCAAUUUUCAAACUUGAACAACAUAUCCAUCAGCCAACAUCUGACAUUUGAGGAAAUUGAAACAGUUGUCAGUUUGCUGAAAAGCCAACUAGAUGAUCUCUGUGAUCAAGACAUUGUGAGAAUAUCAGAGAAAGUUCCCACUAUCCAUAUAAUGACAAACAAUGAGAAGAUCGCAAAGUGUAAGUCAGCAUGUUUUUUCUCUUUUUUUUUUUUCAAAACAACACUCAGAUACACACACUUAUAUACUGUUUAUACUGUUUUUAUUUUAGAUUUGCCAUCUCGACCCAUGUCCAGAGAAGAGUUCCUUAUAUAUUCCACUGAUCUGAAACUGAAUUAAUCAUCAGCCUGCAAACAGCUCUGUAUAAACCGCAUGUCUGUGUCAAGGAGGAGUGAUGUUCAACCAUGCUUUGCUCCUG